CUAUGGGAUAAAUGGGGGCGUUUGUUUACGGGUUCGUACACCCCUCUAACCAACGUCAACUUUCAUGUGCCAGUUGCCUAGUGACGAAAAAGCCAGUGAUGAUUUCCUGUGUUUUGAAAGUUGUCUUGUUGGUAUAUUACCCUGCGCUAAAUAAAUUCGAAAUGUGAAUUUAUAGUGUGCAGAAAAUGGGAGAUAUUCACAGCCGUGUCUUCAAUUAGUUAACUAGAUUCUACCCUUUGAAUUUGGGGUAACAGUUAACGUUAGACUGUACGAUUUGAAGUCAUGAAUAAUUACAUGUUUAUCAGAGUUGUUGGAAAGGGGAGUUAUGGAGAGGUGAAUCUGGUGAAACACAAAACCGACCGUAAGCAGUAUGUCAUAAAGAAGUUGAACUUGACCACGUCCUCGAAACGUGAGCGGCGAGCCGCGGAACAAGAGGCUCAGCUUCUCUCGCAACUACGACACCCAAACAUCGUGACAUACAGGGAGUCGUGGGAAGGAGAAGACUGCCAGCUCUACAUCGUCAUGGGCUUCUGCGAGGGAGGCGACCUCUACCAUAGACUCAAGCAACAGAAGGGGGAACUCCUACCUGAAAGGCAGGUGGUGGAGUGGUUCGUCCAGAUAGCUAUGGCCCUCCAGUAUCUACAUGAGAAGUGUAUCUUGCACCGGGACCUGAAGACCCAGAAUAUCUUUCUGACCAAGACUAACAUCAUCAAAGUGGGGGACCUUGGCAUUGCCCGUGUUCUGGAGAAUCAGAAUGACAUGGCCAGCACCCUCAUAGGAACACCAUACUAUAUGAGCCCGGAGCUGUUCUCCAACAAACCCUACAACCACAAGUCUGACGUGUGGGCACUGGGCUGCUGUGUGUAUGAGAUGUCCACCCUGAAACAUGCCUUCAAUGCCAAGGACAUGAACUCACUGGUGUACCGCAUUGUAGAGGGAAAGUUGCCUCAGAUGCCGAGUAAGUACGACCCUCAGCUGGGAGAGCUGAUAAAGAGCAUGCUGUGUAAGAGACCAGAGGACAGACCUGAUGUCAAACAUAUCCUACGUCAGCCCUACAUCAAACGACAAAUCGCAAUGUUUUUAGAGGCCACCAAAGAGAAAACUGCCAAGUCCAGAAAGAAAGCUGUUGGUGGUAGUAGCAGACCCAGUGCAGCGUCUAUGGUUUCGUCUAAGCCCAGGCCUGAGCCCCCCCCUCAAUGUCCCCAGCCAGACCUAAACACCAAAGGGAAAAGGGAGGAGAUGAACUCACAAAGCCGUAAUGGAUACAAUGGAAUCAUAAAGGACGCCCCACCCAAGACAUAUCUAACACCCAAAUGCCCUGCAUCAGACAUUCUCAACACCACUGGUGCAUCCUUAGCAACCAUCAGUAACAUUGACAUUGAUAUCCAGCCACAGGAAGAGGAGAGAAGGGCCCAGAGAGGGGAUCCUCCCCAGUUCGUGCCUAAUGCCAGCUCAGAUAAUGACACUCUGUGUCAGAGACCCAUAGAGGAGCUGAGGGGAGGGAUACAGGAUCCCUCCCACCCUCAGCCUCCCCCUCGCAGGCUGCUAUCAGGUGUCAGUAGCAGGGUAGAGGAGAGGAGGACCGCCAAUGGACCUCUAAUGCAGUGUGCUUUGAAUCACAGAGACGGAGUCAGAACCUCUGUAGAGAGAACUGUGAACAUGGACGAUAAGGAUGACACAAUGGAGCUACUCAAAGAUGUGGUCAUUGAGAGCCCUGUGCCUGAACAGACCGUAAGUCUAAAUGUUUCCACCACCUUGCCUGAAUCAAGGUCUGCAGGGGAAUUCAAAGUGGAAUCCACUGGACAGACUUUUGAAGUAAAUAUCAAUAACAAAGAUGACACCAUGAAUCUUCUGAAGGAGGAUCCCACACAAAAACAUCCUGCAGAUGUCAGAGAGAGCUUGGAAUCCACAGAAAAGCUCCUAGAGCCCCUUCCUCCUGUUAUAACACUGGAACCCUGUCACAUGGAGCCCCUCUCUCCAGUCCCAGACCAGGACACACUCCCUCUGUGUACGCCCUCCUCAGAGCCAUUUGUCUCCCGGCAACGCAGGCAAAAGGACAGAAGGUGGAUACAGAGUGAUCCGGACAAGUGUAAAGUGGCAGGUCCUAGACCUCUACCGCCUCCUCCUGUUGAUGCAAUGGUAGUGGAGGAGAAGAGGAGCAGGGCAAACACAGAGAAGAAGGCUGCCACAACAAACUCUUCAACAACCAUCAGCUCCUCCAAGGACAGCAACAUUCCACUGACACAAGAGCGUCCUCUGUCCGCCAGGGAGAGGAGAAGACUGAGGCAGUCCCAGGAGAACCCAAGCCAACCAGUAAGAAGGGCGUCGAAUGAUGUUGCCUCGUUACAUAAUAAGCAGCCAGAGUUCCAGAACCCCACUGUCACUCGCUCUGUAUCUGACAUGGGCAAGGAAACAAACAAGCAGGACAGGUUGCUGGGGCGACCGUCUGACGACGAUGAAUACAGCUCCUCCACCAGCUCAACCGAUCACUCAGAGAGGGACUGCAAAGAGGGAAAGAGUGAAUCCGGUGAUAUGCAGGACCUGGUUCAGAUGAUGGCCCAUACAUUGCGAAUGGAUGGCAGAGAUGCUGUUAGUGAGCUGGAUGGUGGUAGUAGAUCUGGCUCUACUCCACUGGCUGAGUUUAAGUUGAACAGGAAGUACAGGGACACCCUGGUGCUGCAUGGGAAAGCUAGAGAGGAGCAGGAGUUCUACUUCGGUGAAUUACCCAACGGCACCACAUCUGGACCGGCGAAGGUCCGCAGAGCCAUUGAGCACCUGAGAACAGAUGUGGUGAAGGGACUGGGGGUGAAGCUGUUGAACAGAGUCCUGGACAUAAUGGAGGAUGAUGACGAGGACAAACGAGAGCGGUGUCUUCGGGAGCAGAUGGGAGAGGACAAGUACCAGUCAUAUGCUCUGAUGGUGCGGCAGCUAAAGUUCUUUGAGGAUGUUUCGUUCAAGGGUUAAGUUCAGCUAAUGAACAAUGCAAUACAUUUGUAUAGACAAUCGCAUCUCCAUAUCCUAUAUACAAGUUCAUGUAGACUAUUUUUAAACCUCACUUUAAAUAUAAAUACAUAAUCUAAUUUUCCAUAAAGGUUACAAUAUGCAAUGAGUCUUCUGUUACUGUUUUUCUACCUGUCAGGUAGAUUGCAUUAUAAAUAUUUCAUUACAAUAAAACUAGUGCGACAAUAAUUGUACCUAUAAACACUACAUAGUAAAUUCUUAAUUUCCUGAUUGAAUAUAAGUUGCAGGACGUAGAAGUACUGUAUUGUAGAUAUUUCCAUCCCCUUUGACUUUAUAAUAAAUAAUUUAAAGUUCUUUAUUUAUCCUUACAUUACAUAGAUUCUUAUAUCUGCAUUAUUAAACAGUUGGGAUGACAACAUGA